AUGCAGCAUCAUCCCCACCACCAGCAACAGGGUCCGCCUUCUUCCCAACUGCAUCAUUCACGACCGUCGAGCAUAGUUCAUCAGCAACCUCACCCUCAAGCCCACGCGCAGCACCAAGGCCAGCACCAAGGCCACCACUCGCUGCCGCCGCCGCCGCAACACCAACAGAGUGCGUACUCGUCGACUCACUCCCUACCACAAGCCUAUCAAGCCGGCAGCCAGACAGCCGGCACUCAAGACAACCUGGGUUACUACAGCCAUCCGAGUCCCUACAGCACCCCAGGUGCUAACAGCGGAUACACUUCCGCCGACACUCCCGACAUGAUGGCCGCCGCCCAAAUGCCUCGACCUCCCUACCCCCCAAUGUCAUAUCAUACGCCGCAAUCCAACUCCCCAGCAUCUGUGGCAUCCCCCUCGCAACAUGAUCAGCACAGAAGUCUGUACGGCCAGCCGCCGUCGCAGCAUCUUCAGCAGUCCAUGUACUACCAACCGCAGUCGCAUUACCAGCCAAUGCCUCACCAUCCCAGUGCGUCGCCUUACGCACAACACGCACAACAUCCUCAUCAUCCGCAGCAAUCCAUGACAUCUCAGCCCAACAUGAUGAUGUCGCACUCAGCUCCCCAGAACCAGAUGACGCAGCACGCAGCCCAGCACGCGCAGGCCGGCAUGACGGGAAGCCCCAGACCAAAGAUUGAACCGCAGGUUCCCGUUCAGCUCCAGAAGCAGGCACAGACUUCACCCAUGCCACAGGCCCAGCAUCAGUCAAACGCACCGCAGUUACAAAGCCCCGGAAAUGCUGCGCCGGGCGUCAAUCCUAAUGCUGCACCGGGGCCCAUUCCCGCGACUACUCCGCUGGUUGUGAGACAGGACGGCAAUGGCGUUCAGUGGAUUGCGUUUGAAUACUCGCGAGACCGGGUCAAGAUGGAAUACACCAUUCGAUGUGACGUUGAGUCAGUCAACACGGACGAGCUGUCUCCCGAAUUUAAACAGGAGAAUUGCGUCUACCCUCGAGCUUGUUGUCCCAAGGACCAGUACCGUGGAAAUCGGUUAAUGUACGAGACUGACUGCAACCGUGUUGGGUGGGCUUUGGCGCAGCUCAACCCCCCGUUGCGUGGCAAGCGAGGCUUAAUCCAAAGAGCAGUUGAUAGCUGGCGAAAUAGCAACCAGGACCCGCGCCUUCGAAGUCGACGAGUUCGCCGUAUGGCGAAGAUGAACAAUCGCAAGCAGGUUCAGGGAACACCCACGCCUCACCCAGGUGCAUCUCAUCUUCCUGGACCCGGCGGGCCAUCAGGGAUGCCAGCGGCACCCGCUCCCAUGGGACAUGGGGCGCCACCCAUGGGCAAGCCUGGGAUGGGCAGCAUGGGGCAGCCUUUGCAUCAUCACGCUGGGGCUCAUGACGGGAGUGCCCCAGGUGGAGGAGAUGAAGUCGAUGCCACCGGCCAGGGCCAUCACGGCGGAGAUGAUGUGAGACCUGCCCACGUCUUCACUGGUUAUGUUGGUCAAGGCUACCCUGGCAGUGCUCAAGGCGGGCCAAUGUCUCACAUGGCUCCUCGAGCAGGUGGCAAUGCCAUGCCCGCGCGAUCGCAUAGUCGGGGUAAUGUCGAUGAACCGGAGGGCCUCUUCCCUGACGUUCCCGAGGCGAAGAAGCGAAAGUUCAUUCUUGUGGAUGAUAACAUGCGGGGCUCCAGGCUCCGAGUUCGAGUUACUCUUGACGGCGUGGACACCAAUGAGAUUCCUGACAGCUUCCGAAAAGGCGCCAGCGUGUUCCCUCGAAGUUACUUUCCACGUGAAAUGCAAAGUCCUCCCCCAAGCGCGACCGGUUCUCAAUUCUUCACCGAAGACUUGUCCGAUGAUGGAAUCCAGGAGACCGAAGGCCGGGAGCUUGGUCGGCGGGGAACAACCAAGUCAAGCAGCCAAGCAGUCAAGGUGAGCAUGGCCGAGGGCCAGGAUGGCGAGGUCGAUGUGCCAAGGAUGAGGAAGUCGUAUCGCGGGAAGGAGGUAAAGUUGAACGACUUAGGUUAUCGCAUGGCAUGGCUUCAGAGCCGUGUGUUUGCAGGCCGGACUGUGUUUUUGCAGCGAGCUCUGGAUACAUACCGAGGUAAAAUAAAAACCGCCAUUGAAGGCACAAUGCAGGACGUUACAACCAUAGCACCUCAUUAUGAGACGCGGGCCGGCAAGCGACGAUGGAACGAUAGAAGACGACGUGGAGAUUCCAGCAACGAUGAAUGA